AGAAUAUACUAUGACGCUUAUCUUAUAGCCUAUAUCAAACAAUGUUAGUAUAUGAUUUGUGCAACAAAAACAACAACAACAACAAAAAACAAAAAAAAAACUGUUUAGUUAUAUUAUUCACGCCAUGAUUUAACCCGAGGCGCAUUAACAUUAUUAGACUCGUGAUUUGCCGGCGCGCUUAAAACGCCCUCUGAUUGGCACAGAUGAAGUUGCCUAUAAGUGCGUAUAAAUUUGGUUCCUCCCUCUAUCCCCCCCUCCCACCCCCUUGACUCUCAGGGGGUCGGAACCUCCAAUAUUCUUACGAAAAGGGUCGUGGAGCGACGAGCGCAUAAAAAGUCGGGCUGUGGUGAUGCUGCAGCUCGGCGUUAGUGCAGCUCCGGUCACUUGGCACGCUUUGAGAGAGGACGCAUGAACCCAUGGCGCACAAGGUAACUUUUAAAAGUCUUUCAAAUAGCGACCGCGUGCGUCAUUUUUUUCUUCGCUUUUAACACGCGGCUUAUGAUUCAGUCUGAUCGUUAUUUUAUUUCAGAUUUUUUUUCUUUUUCUUUUCUUUCUUUCUUUCUUUUUUUUUUUUUUUACACGUUUGUUGAUCUGAUUUUCUGAUUGAAACCAGAAAUAGAUCUAGGCGCUAAAUAAAUAAAUAAAUGAAUAAAUAAACAGGCCAGACAUAUAGUAGAUGCACUGGACCUGAUGAUGGACGUCUUUUUUUUCCAACGGGAAGAUUUCUCAGAAUAGAUAGGCUAACUCACUGACAUUGCUUAGCUCAGAUAUUCUGAAAAGAAACACAAGAUCGCUCAAAGCCAUGCCUCGGCCAGGCAAGAACUCCUACAGUGACCAGAAACCUCCUUACUCCUACAUCUCUCUGACUGCCAUGGCCAUCCAGAACUCCUCAGAGAAGAUGCUCCCUCUAAGCGACAUCUACAAAUUCAUCAUGGACCGCUUCCCGUACUACCGCGAGAACACGCAGCGCUGGCAGAACUCACUCCGUCACAACCUGUCCUUCAACGACUGCUUCAUCAAGAUCCCACGGCGCCCUGACCAGCCUGGCAAGGGCAGUUUCUGGGCACUGCACCCGGACUGUGGGGACAUGUUCGAGAACGGCAGUUUCCUGCGUCGUCGCAAGCGCUUCAAGGUGCUCCGUAUGGAGCACCCCGCCUGUAAGAGUGCCCCCAUCCUUCACCCGUACCACCCUCACGGCCAGCAUCAUCACCCACAUCAUGCGCACCAGCACGCAAACAAGCUUAGUAUGGGGCACCCUGACUACCUGGGCACAGUAGGGCGCCUGUCCCACUUCCAGAGCUAUGCAUUGGGAGGUGGGCAGAGCGGAGGCUUUAAACACCCAUUUGCAAUUGAGAGCCUGAUCGGACGAGACUACAAGGGUGUAAUGGCGGGUGGGCUGCCCAUCGCCUCUGUCAUGCAUCACCUGGGCUACUCAGUACCCAGCGUGGUCAACUCCGUCUGGCCACAUGUCGGUGUGCUCUCUGAAUCGACCCCUGUCUCAUCUGAGUACCCGCCAUUUGGGGUAGCAGUCAAGGGACUGUACCACCACACGGGAAGCCCUAACAUGCCUGCUGUGCCUGUUCCCAUUAAGCCCACACCGACACUAGGUGCUGUGCCAUCUCUGACAGGCCUGGCACCAGGGGCAGCUCAGCUCUGCACCCGGAUGGACAGAGAAGCGACAGAUCUGAUGGAGGACAAAACCGGAGCUCUUCAUCCCUCUCUGCUGCAGUCCUGAAAUGAAAGCGAUACAGUAAGAGUGUCGUGAUGUGAGGGUACGUACAGCUGCAUGCUUUGGACACUAUUCCAUACAAGUAACCACAAGAGACUAAUAAAGAUCUCAUGGAGCGUGACAUUUUGCUUUCUUUAAUUGUAAACUUAGAUGCUUCUUAGGUGCUGAUAACUGCAUUGUAUCUCUCUCUCUCUCUCUCUCUCUCUCUCUCUCUCUCUCUUUCUCUUCUGUAUAAAAUACAUACUGUUUCAUUUGCAUCUUGCACUUCUCUUGCAAAACGUAGGUAGGCUGUUUGCAGGUAGGCUCUGUAUGUGUAGUAACAAUCAUGAUUAAACACGACAAAACUUUGUCAGUGUUUGCUGAGAAUUUUUUUUUUUUGUAUCAUUUAUAAAUUGAAGGAGCCUGAUUUAGGCUGUACCCUUUGACUCUGCUUUUCCUUUGACUCCCUGUUGACUGUAUAAAUGACUUUUGUAUUCUGUAAAUCUGUGCUACUGAAUUGUAUAAAGUCAAAUCGAUUUAACGCAUAUUGAAUCAUAUUUGUACACAUUAUAGCAUGCCUGGCAUGCAUGAUUGCCUUUGUAAAGACGCUCUUCUGGAAUGCACUGUGUUGGGAAGAAAUGCUGUCAUGAAAUGAACCCAAAGUCAAAACGGGACAAUUGGUGUUAAAAAAAAGAAAGAAAAAGAUGUUGAAAUGUUUUAAUGUAUAGAAAUGUUAACUGUUAUGAUGUGCUUACAAACAAGUGAGGACUAUUUUAAUGAGGUCCUUACUCGUUUUAAAUAUGCUUUUCUUCCUACAAACAGCCUUAAUUCCACAGCUAAAUUGAAUUGCCUAAUAUAUGGGGGAAUGGUAUAUUUGUAGUAUAUUUAAUGAUUUAUCAUGGUGAAACUGGAAUAGAUAAGGAACUCAAGCUUUUUGGGGAUAUCAGUAUUCUCCUAAAAUAUUUAU